AUGUCCCAGAAACCCAGCACAAGAGGGACAAUAUUCCAGGAAUCUAGGAGAAGAGGGACCAUGCCCCAAGAAUCCAGAACAACAGGGACCAUGUCCCGGGAAUCCAGGACAAGAGGAACCAUGUCCCAGGAAUCCAUGACAAGGCACCAUGUCCCAGGAAUUCAGGACAAGAAGUACCAUGUCCCAGAAAUCCAGGACAAGAAGAACUAUGUCCCAGGAAUUCAGGACAAGGCGAACCAUGUCCCAGGAAUCCAGGAAAAGAGGUACCAUGUCCCAGGAAUUCCGGACAAGAAGAACCAUGUCACAGGAAUCCAGGACAAGAGGAACCAUGUCCCAGGAAACCAUCCAGGACAAGAGGGACCAUAUCCCAAGAACCAACAGCAACGUGGACCAUGCAACAGGAAUUCAGGAAAAGAGGAACCAUGUCCCAGGAAUUCAGGACAAGAAGAACCAUGUCCCAGGAAUUCAGGAAAAGAGGAACCAUGUCCCAGGAAUUCAGGACAAAAGGAAACAUGUCCUUGGAAUCUAGAACAAGAAGAACUAUGUCCCAGGAAUUCAGGACAAGAGGAACCAUGUCAAAGGAAUUCAGGACAAAAGGAAACAUGUCCCAUGAAUUCAGGACAAGAAGAACCAUCUCCCAAGAAACCACUACAAGAGGUACCAAUUCCAUCGACAAGAGGAGCCAUGUCCGAGAAAUACAGGACAAGAUGGACCAUAUCCUAA